AUGAACACACUCGACUACCAAAUCCUGCGCAACUGCGCCAUUGAUAUUAUAAUUGGCAUGCUUGGGCUCUCCUACUUUGUCGUUUAUCUACUACUAUUUUUGAUUUUCCAUUUUCCUUCAACUCAAGACUCGAUCCCAUAUGCCCUGGCAGUCAUCGCCUUUGGUGGAGGAAUCGCUUUGUGGUAUCUAUGUGUUGUCAUCCAGAAUGGUUUCCGCGUGCUCCACAACCAAAAAAAAAACAGACAACCAGUAUCUCUGUGGUUUGUUGGUCUGUUCCUCAUCUGGACCGCUGCCCUUCCGACCAUCGCGUUUCUCUUUCCAGCCCAACCGUCGCUACAACUUGGAUACGCAUCAGCCUUCACCGUGAUUGUUGUUGGAAGCCUCCCUGAUGGCUACCUCAAAGAUGGCACUGUAUCCUUCCGGGGCCGAUUCUCCCUCCAGUAUGCGUCAGUGGGCCUAUUGGCUCUAGUGCCCACCAUUCAUACAUUGGCCGAACCGCUCCACGAUCCCUCCCCACUGGCCACUGCAUUCUGUCGACUGCUGUUCAUCAAUUUCUUCGGUUGUGUUUUCUACGUUUGUCGUCCUCUUGAGAGAAUUGGAAUGACGCGGAUUGGGCAGCCCACUCUACACGGCAUGUACCUGAUCGCAACAUACAGCCUCGUGGAGUAUUCCAAAGUAGUCAUGCAGGUAGCAAUUCCUUACAUGUCUUGA